UUGGAGAAGCGGGAUUGUCCGACUUUUACCAACAUUUCUCCGUCCAGGAAUACAAAAGUGAUGCUUCUCCUCAGCCGGCAGCAAAGAACGACAGAGGGGGACCAGCGGUGACAACUUUAACUCCUGUUUUACCUUCUUUUAAGGAGUCUAUUUCAACUUUCCCCCCCCUCCUCUCUCUCUUUCGGCUUGAAGAAGAAGACGCUGUGUGUUUUUUUGCGUCUCCGCUAAUGUCGGACCGCUUUUAGACACAAAACUCGCUCACUUUUCUGUCUCCAUGCGGGAGAGGAAACAUUUCGGAGCUAUUUUUUUCCCACUUUAUGUUUCAGAAAGGAUUGUGAGCUGUUUGUUUUUGUUUUCAGCGCAGGAGUGCCUCAUUUUUAGCUCCAUGUAAAUCUCUUUUGUCGUCCAGCUCUGUGCCCAGCGGACUGUGCUGCUGCUACUGGAUAUAACAGGACUAUUCUGCGCAUUAAGUUGGUGUAAAUGGAUCGCCAGUCCAGUUUCAUUUCCAUUUGGCUACAACUGGAACUCUGUGCCAUGGCUGUUCUUCUUACUAAAGGAGAAAUCAGGUGUUACUGUGACGCGCCGCACUGCGUGGCCACCGGCUACAUGUGCAAAUCGGAGCUGAACGCCUGCUUCACCAAGGUGCUGGACCCUCUCAACGCCAACUCCCCGCUCACCCACGGGUGCCUAGACCCCGUCGCCAACGCCGGCGACAUCUGCAGCAGCGGCAGCCAGAGGGGAGCGGACGCCCUCGGCGGGGUCUCGCCCAACACGCUGGAGUGCUGCCACGACGACAUGUGCAACUACAGAGGCCUGCACGACCUGGCUCACACCAGGGACUCGACAGAUCAUAGCCGGUACCCGUCGGAGAGCAACAACAGGAACCUGGUGACCCGGGUUCAGGAGCUGGCCUCGGCCAAGGAAGUGUGGUUCCGGGCGGCGGUGAUCGCCGUGCCCAUCGCCGGCGGCCUCAUCCUGGUGCUGCUCAUCAUGCUGGCGCUGCGAAUGCUGCGCAGCGAGAACAAGCGCCUGCAGGACCAGCGGCAACAGAUGCUGUCGCGGCUCCACUACAGCUUCCACGGCCACCACACCAAGAAGGGCCACGUGGCCAAGCUGGACCUGGAGUGCAUGGUGCCCGUCACGGGCCACGAGAACUGCUGCCUGACCUGCGACAAGAUGAGGCAGGCCGACCUGGGCAACGACAAGAUCCUGUCUCUGGUGCACUGGGGGAUGUACAGCGGCCACGGCAAGCUGGAGUUUGUAUGACUUCCUGCUGGGAACUAUGUGACUGUCACCCCCCCACAAACUGGACUGCCCCUCAAUCGUUGGCCUUUGCUUUUUUUUUUUUUACUUUAAAAGACAUUCCCACAUUUUUGACUUAUUGGACUGUUGGGUUUGUGUUUUUUUUCUUACCAGUGGCGAAAAAAAUACGAGACUGAUCUCAUGCCGUGUGGUUUUUGCUAGAGGAGCACUUUACUUGAAAAUGAAAGGCAAGGCAACGAGGAGCUGUAUUUAAAAGUUGAGAGGGCAGGCCUGAGGUUGAGUGAGAGCUCUGUCACUGCUCCUAAAGGAUCCUGGACUUGAACACUGAGCGCUGAAGGAUUCCAAAUCUGUCUUAUUUGCACAUUUGUAAAAAACAAAAAAAGAGAAAAGAAAAAGUUGUCGUUGCUUAAAACAAGAAUUUUACACUGACACCAGGGUACAAAAAAAGGACUUGUUUGAGGAGUAAAAAAAAAUCAGUGUUUGACUGUAGGUGUGCACACUCCUCUGUGUACGUUUCAUGAUUCAAGCUUAUUGUAAAGAUUUUAAAUAUAUAUAUUUUUGUCUGACAAAACUGACCGGUGUGUGUCUUGUUCUGGGUGAAUGUCCAACAUCUCUCUCUGUGAUCAGACUAUAAGCUUGAUUGUGAGUGUGAAAGAAAAACUUCCAUUAAAAGUGACUUUUUAUUUAUAUGA